CUAUAAUCGACGCCAGCACUACUUCUAACAACUUCCACUUCGACAAUCUAGAAAAAAAGAGAUUUCUGAGUGCGACCAACGCUAUGUGGCUCGACCUGUUUGCGAUUUCAGCGUCGAGCAGAAGACAAGAAGGGUCGUGCAACGAGAACAACAUAGCUGAGGAAACUAGAAGGAGUGGGGAAAAACCGGUGAGGCGACUCUCGGAUGCCUUGAAUGCUGUUACACUCAACAAAGACGGAAAGCUCUCUGCGAGCAACGGUUUCAUGACGCUGGUUGACGUGCGUGACUGUGCAGCGAUGCAUGUGGCAGUCUUGGAGAGGGAUGAUGCAAGUGGGCGAUAUCUGUGUGUUGCGGGUUGUGGUAAUGAAGAAGGACGAAAAGAUGAAUGGGUAGAAGGGGCUGAACCUGGAGGUGGAAAUGAACCUAAGCGCAGCAGUAAAAUUGCAAAAGCCUAUCACUGGAGCGAGCUGUUUGCUUCGAUGCGGAAGGUUUAUCCCGAGAUGAGUGAAGUGGAGGCUUGUUGUCGUAGAAAUGGAGAUAGUGUUGAGGAAGCCGUGGAAUUUGACUUGACACGAUGUUUAGGGCUGUUGCCAAGGAUGCGAGGGGUAGAAGAAAUCUUCAGAGAUCUGGUGCGAGAGGGACGCAAAUGGGAUGUGCUGUUGAAGAAUUGA